CUGCACCCGUCAACACACCGGUGUAACGCCACAAGAGAUGAUAGCAAGAUAUUUCCACGUUUUACCGAAGGACUGGCGUUAGUUUUUCCGUACUCUGCUCCGCCGUUGUCUGUUCAGAUAACGUUAACAGUAGCGGUGAAUGAUGGCGGUUGAACAAUUUGUGUCAAAGACACUUGAGCUUCUACAGGAGGAGAGGGAGGCUGAAAUAGAUGAGACCAGGAUAUGGCAGGAGAGCAUCUCUCUCAAGGAUCUUCAGAAUAAAGGGGUUUGCCUGCUGAAAUUGCAGAUAGGAAGUCAGUCCACAGGCCUGUACGGUCGCACAGUUGUCGUCCUCGAGCCAAGAAAGCAUCUGGGUUUCUCAUCUUUGCCGAGCAACAGCUUUGGACCCGGGGACAUAGUUGGCUUGUAUGACACUGGGGGAUGCACCGCAGCCUCACAGAUCGGCACAGGAAUAGUGACGAGAGUCAGCCAAACUUCUAUAAGUGUGGCCUUUGACGACUCAAAGGAUGGCCUUAGCUUCGAUACAGACGCUCUUCACAACCUCUUAAAAUUGGCAAAUGACAUCACCUACAAACGAAUGAAAAAUGCCUUGAAUGCAUUAAAUGGAUACGGCAAUGGACCAGCUGCCAAUCUGAUAAAUGUUCUCUUUGGAGACACAAAACCUUCUUCUCAAUCACAGACAAAUGAGGUUCAAUUCUUAAACUUGAAUCUGGAUGAUUCCCAGAGAGAUGCUGUGUCGUUUGCUCUGUCUCAGAGAGAACUGGCCGUAAUUCAUGGACCACCAGGCACUGGGAAAACCACCACAGUGGUGGAGAUAAUCCUGCAAGCAGUCAAACAAGGCCAAAAGGUCCUGUGCUGUGCCCCCUCUAACGUGGCUGUGGAUAAUUUAGUGGAGAGGUUAGCUCGGUGCAAAGCAAAGGUCCUGAGGCUGGGUCACCCUGCCAGACUGCUGGAGUCCAUACAGAAACAUUCACUAGAUGCCAUUCUGGCUCAGAGUGACAACGCAAACAUCAUUGCAGACAUCCGUAAAGACAUGGAUAAAGCUUUUAUGGGAAUGAAGAAGAUGCGUGAAAAAGGAGAUCGGGUGAACUACAAAAAGGAAAUAGGGGAGCUAAGAAAAGAGCUGAAAACCAGGGAAGCAACAGCCAUCACCCAGAUCCUGAAAAGUGCAGAUGUUGUUUUAUCAACCAACACAGGUGCUUGUGAUGACGGCCCCCUGAAGUUCCUGCCAGUGGAGCAUUUUGAUUGGGUGGUGAUAGACGAGUGCGCUCAGGCCCUGGAGAGCAGCUGCUGGAUCGCCCUGCUCAAAGCGCGCAAGUGCAUUCUGGCUGGAGACUACAAGCAAUUACCACCUACUAUCAAAUCCCAAACGGCUGCAUCUAAAGGCUUGUCCCUCAGUCUCAUGGAGAGACUCAUCCAGAUGUACGGGGACUCAGUGGUGCGCAUGCUAACAGUUCAGUACCGCAUGAACAGCGCCAUCAUGGAGUGGGCCUCCAAAGAGAUGUACCAGGGAAGACUAACAGCCCACAGCUCUGUUGAGAGACACCUGUUAAAAGAUCUACCGGGAGUCGCCUGUGUUGAAGAGACCAGCACGCCUCUUCUUCUUAUCGACACCGCAGGCUGUGGUCUGAGUGAGAUGGAGGUCACAGAUGAGCAGUCCAAAGGCAAUAAGGGUGAGGUCGACAUUGUCGAACUGCACAUAAAGGCUUUGACUGAAGCUGGGGUUAAAGCUAAAGACAUUGCUGUUAUUGCUCCCUACAAUCUACAAGUCGAUCUGCUGCGUCAGAAACUUUCUGUGAGGCAUCCAGAGCUGGAAAUAAAGUCGGUGGACGGAUUUCAGGGCAGAGAGAAAGAGGCUGUGGUGUUGUCGUUAGUUCGGUCCAACAGAAAGGGGGAAGUUGGAUUUCUGGCGGAGGACAGAAGGAUUAAUGUGGCUGUGACACGCGCGAGGCGUCACAUCGCUGUUGUGUGUGACACCCAGACUGUCCAAAAUCAUGCUUUCCUGAAGUCCCUGAUCAACCAUAUGACUGAUUUUGGCGAGGUUAGAACAGCAUUUGAGUACAUCCAGGACAUCGUGCCACAAAACUACACCCGAGACCACAAAGACACAAAGGCUACUUCGUCUGCCAGCAGCUCCACGUCCACCAAGCAGAAAGUUAAAGAUCAGCCCCCCAGCAGGGCCAAGCAGCAACAAAGGAAGUCGACUAGUAGCAGCAUUAAUGGAAGUGUUGCUGGUGCAGAGAAGCACACAAAGUCCUGUGUAAACGCACCGUCAGAGGAAGAGCAGACGAAGAACCGAUAUGCUGAGAUCAGAGGGCAGGUGGAGAGCUUUUUAAAGGACUCAGAUCAGAGUGAACUACAGUUCCCAUCAUCGUUUAACUCUCACGACCGCCUGCUGGUCCACCAGAUUGCUGAGGAGCUAGGCCUCGUGCAUGAGAGUAAAGGUGAGGGGAGGGACAGGUGUAUCACCGUCUCCAGGCCGCUGGAGUCAGCACCAGCUGAGGAGCCAACACAAGAAGAAGCGGCAGCUCAGGAGAAAGACACGUCCCCCAAACCCCAAAGAGAGCCGCCGUCUCAACCCCCAUUAGAUCUGAAAAGCUUACAUCUAGAGCGAAUGAAGAGGGAGCAGCAAAAGAGGGAAGAAAAUGCGCAACGAAAAAAGGAACAGAACAUCAUCCCACCAGCGCAGGCCCAGUCAAAGAAGCCAAAGUCGGCUAAAGGAAAAAGCAGAAUGAAGACAGGCGCCUGCGGAAUCGCUGCUGCCGCCGCUCCAGAUGACGACUUUGACUCACUUAUCAACGCCGUCAUAAAGGCUGACAGCGUGUGCAGUUUUGUCAAGUGUAAAGCUUCAGUGCUGACACUUGGACAGCUUUGCCUGUUCUGCAACAGGCAAUAUUGUCUCAGCCAUCACAUACCCGAGGUUCAUGGCUGUGGAGAGAAAGCCAAGUCUCACGCUCGUAUGAGAAUAAGCAAGGAAGGCAUUCUUUACGCCGGGAGUGGGAAGAAAGACAAAUCCAUGGACCCCAACAAAAAAGCCUAUCUACAAAGGAAACUGGACUCUAAGUUGAAAGAUAUGGCGUCACAGAGGAAACCAAAAAGAGACAAUGACAGUUAAUGAUAUCAAAUGAACUCUUUAAAUUAAUAUAAAGGGAGACUUUAUUUUGAACAAAAUUAAUUAUUUCAAAUGUCUGAAAAUAAAUGUGGUUUGA